AUGGCGCAAGAGCUCAAAGCAAAGGGCAACGAGCUCUUCAAACAGGGCGAUUAUACCGGCGCCGAAGACUUCUACUCCCAAGCAAUCGCAAAGAACUCCAAAGAGCCAAGCUUCUUCACAAACCGCGCAAUAUCCCGAAUAUACCUAACAAAAUGGACGGACGCGGAACACGACGCACGCAGCGCAAUCACCCUCUACGGCUCUAAGAACCCCCUCGCUCUGAAAAGCAGCUACUACCUCGCACAAGCACUGCUGGGCCUCCAGCGCCCGCAGGAAGCAUAUGACGUCGCGUCCGACGCGUACAAGCAGAGUCUGUCGGCGAAGAAUGCCCAGACGGAGAACUUGUCGCGCAUUGUGUUGCGCGCUAAGCAGGCUAUCUGGGCGGCGAGGGAGACUGCGCGGUUGAGAGAGAUGGAUGCUACGCUGGGAGCUGUGGAGGCGCUUAUUGAGGCGGAUUAUAAGAGGGCGCUGGGGGAGUUGGAGGGGCGUCUGGAACGCGGGGAGAUUGGGGAGAUUGGGUUUGGGGAGGAUCGGGAUGCGCUGCGGGUUGAUGCCGAGAAGAAUGUGCGGAAUGUUAGGGAGGCUUUUGCGCUUUCUUCUAAGGGGGAGGUUAAGGAGCGGGUUGUGCCUGACUAUCUCAUUGAUGGUAUUACCUUUGAGAUCAUGCAUGAUCCGGUCAUUACGCCUUCUGGGACUAGCUUUGAUCGCAUUGGCAUCGCUAAAUACGUUGAGAAGUCUGGGGUUGAUCCUUUGACUCGCACGCCUAUGACGGUCGGCGACUUGCGCAACAAUUAUGCUCUCAAGGCUGCUUGCGAGGAGUUCUUGACGAACAAUGGAUGGGCAGUAGACUGGUGA